UCAGACAAUGGGGGCUCGGCAGCUGAAGAGAGACGUUGAGGCUCUUAUCGGUGAUUACAUCGGACAGAAACUCAGAGAGAAAUCAUUCGAUCCCAAGGGGAAGGGCUCGUCCACCAUGCUGGAUGACCUGGCUCACUAUGAUCUUGCGAUCAGUGUCGCCCUCUGGUGGUUGGACAAGGAAGAAGGAAGGGACGUGCUCCACAGUGACAUCAUUGGAGCAACAAACAGCUCAGGAAGUUCCCAGUAUCCUAAUCGCUUGGAGCGCGAGGCCAUGAUCCUGUCGUCGUUUGCUGGCAUUAUUAUGAGCAGUUUGCCUGUGGAGGAAAUCUUGGAUCUGUACAAGUGUAAACCAGCAGCGUUGUAUCCCAGCCAGCAAUCCAAGGGUUCGAUCGUCUGUCCCUUCCCUCUCUCCUACCAUCCCUUCGCCAUGCUGGGUUCCUACAAGGCAGUGAACCACUCCAAGAAGCACAACGAGAAGUUGAAACGAUGGCUUUCUGAGAGGGCGAAGGCGAGCGCCACGCCUCGGCCAGUUUCAGCUCAGUCUUCCUCUUCCUCCUCGUCUCAGUCCUUCCUCAGUAACAGUAGUGAUGGACCUGAGGAGGGGGCUGGGCCCUAUGAGGGGUCACAGGAGUCCCUGCAGGAUUGACCUCGCCCUCAGCAGCGCCUCCUGCAGUCUGGAAAUCACAUUUCACUUCUGAGGAAGUUUUCUCGGCUGUCUUGACUCUGAGUGUCUGAUUUACACUGAAGUGACAAACUGGGAUUUAAACCCUCAGAUGCU